AUGAGUUCGCCCGAACGCGCUCUUAAAGCUGGUAUAUUGGGGGCAACAGGCACAGUAGGACAACGUUUUAUCCUUCUACUUUCAGCUCAUCCUCAUUUCACCAUUCAUAGUCUUGGAGCUUCUUCGCGUUCAGCCGGUAAAAGCUACUGUCAAGCUACAAAAUGGAGAAUGUCCAGUCCAAUAGCUGCUAACGUUAAAGAUAUGGUUAUUAAAGAAUGUAAGCCGGAAUUAUUUAAGGACUGCGACGUGAUAUUUUCAGGGUUGGACUCUGAUGUCGCUGGUGAUAUUGAAAUGUCAUUCUUAAAGUCUGAUCUGGUGGUUUUUUCAAAUGCAAAAAACUAUCGUCGCGAUUCGGUAGUCCCUCUAAUAGUUCCGACCGUAAACCCAUCACAUUUUAAUAUAAUCCCUCAUCAACGUUCAUUCCACUCCCUUAACAAGGGUUUCCUCGUUACAAAUGCAAAUUGUUCAACAACUGGUCUUGUAGUUGCUUUAAAACCUUUACAAGAUUCAUUUGGUCCUAUAGAAUCUGUAAUCGUUCACACAAUGCAAGCUAUUUCGGGAGCUGGAUAUCCUGGUAUCGCAUCACUUGACAUUUUCGAUAAUGUAAUUCCCUACAUUUCAGGUGAAGAAGAAAAGAUGGAAUAUGAAACUCUUAAAAUUUUAGGUGAUCUAAAUCAAGAAGCUACAGAAUUUCAAUUAUUAUCUUCAACAUCUGUAUCUGCUUCUUGUAAUCGAGUACCUGUAAUUGAUGGUCAUUUAGAAUGUGUUUCUAUUAAAUUUAAAAAUCGUCCUCCACCUUCACCUGAACAAAUAAUACAAGCAUUUGAUUCUUAUAUAUCUGAGGCACGAAAAAUGGGGUGUUAUUCUGCACCUGAAAAAGCUAUUAUAGUACAAAGUGAACAAGAUAGGCCACAACCAAGAUUUGAUAGAGAUAAUGGUAAUGGGUAUAGUGUUACCGUUGGUAGAGUUAGAAAAUGUAAUAUACUUGAUAUUAAAUUUAUUUUAUUGGUGCAUAAUACCGUAUUGGGUGCGGCCGGAAGUGGAAUUUUGAAUGCUGAAAUUGCUGUUGCAAAAGGAUUGAUAAAAGUUUAA